AAAUUCAUACUCACACUUUACUACUUAGGAAAAAAUGACAGCAAAUUGAAACAUCCCUCUGCUACAAUCAGCCGGAGGGAACACCGAACAACAACACAGGGAGCCCCGAGUCCGAGGCUGAGGGUUUGAAAUUUGGCGAUGACGAGAAAGAAGAGGAAGACGAGAGAGGCAGCCACAAUCCACCCCAGAAACAAAUACGCUGAAAAUCCCCCAGAUUUCGCUCUCUUAGCCUCUCUAUACCCUUCCUUUCAACCCUUCGUUUUUCUCCAUCCCCGACCCAGAAUCGACUGGACCGAUUUCAAUGCCACCCGUGAACUUACCCGGGUUUUGCUUCUCCAUGACCAUGCUCUUCAUUGGUGGAUUCCUGAUGGACAGCUCUGUCCAACAGUACCUAAUAGAUCGAAUUAUAUCCAUUGGCUUGAAGAUCUUUUGUCAUCUGAUAUCGUUGCUAAGAAAAAUAGUGAUAGUGGCCCUGUAAGAGGUUUGGACAUAGGAACUGGGGCAAAUUGCAUUUACCCGCUUCUUGGAGCCUCUCUUCUUGGGUGGAGUUUCGUUGGGACAGAUGUGACUGAUGUAGCACUAGAGUGGGCUGAAAGAAAUGUUAAAAGUAAUCCACAUGUUUCUGAACUCAUUGAAAUUAGAAAGGUAGAUGAUAUCUCAGACGAUCUUUCUACAGAAUUACAUAAUAGUGUAGCAGUCGAUAGUGAAUUCAAGAUUUUAAAUGAGAAGGAUGGUAUGGAAGUAGCGCCUCCCCUGCCCUCAUCCUUGUCAAAGGAGACAGUCCACUUGGAGAAGCGAUAUCAUGGUCCUCCCAUUCUUCUUGGUGUUGUCAAAGAUGGUGAAGAGUUUGACUUUUGCAUGUGCAAUCCUCCCUUUUUUGAGAGCAUGGAUGAAGCGGGAUUGAAUCCGAAGACUUCUUGUGGUGGAACUCCACAAGAGAUGGUUUGUCCAGGUGGGGAGAGGGCAUUUAUCAGCCGUAUGAUAGAAGACAGCAUUGUUUUGAGGCAGACUUUCCGGUGGUAUACUUCAAUGAUUGGGAAGAAAUCAAACCUCAGCUUCCUGAUAUCUAAACUUUGGAAAGUUGGAGUGACGGUAGUCAAGACUACAGAAUUUGUUCAAGGCCAAAUUUGCCGAUGGGGACUUGCUUGGUCUUUUAUGCCCACAGCACGAAAGAUUAUAUCUCCUCAUGUCACUAACAAGAGUGUCAUGUCUUUCAUGCUCGAGGUGGAUCGAUGUUUUUUUCCCCAAUUAAAAAAAGAAACAUUAUGUUGGGCUCACACACGCUUCAGAUUUGUCAAUCAAAUCUUUCCUAUGUUUUUCCAGAUACUAAUCCUUUUCUGUAGAUAUGUAGCUCAGUUUUGGUACGUUUCUGUUGCUCAGGGCCUCCUUCCACAAGUCAGUGCCACAAGUAUACUGCAAUCAGUUGAACGUUUUCUUAGUGCCAGCGGAGCUUCUUGUAAAUUGAACACUUCUUCAUUCACAGUAGAUAUUACUGCAUCUGAGGAUCAUUGCCGAGCAAUUCUCAAGAAUAGGGCAUGUGAAGUGGACAAGGGAGCCAGUUCUGCAACUGUGGAGAAAUCAGAGCCUCAACCCUCCUCUGAUUUGUGUUUUCGAGUUUCGGUCUUUCAGCAAAUCCCUGGCUCGCUUCUUGUGAAAGGCUCCUUGCAUCAUAAGAGUAGUCCUUCUGCAGGCUCAUUCUCACUGAUUUUCCACGGAUUAGAGGAAUUCCUGAAAGCCGAAUCUUGUAAAGAAAAGGUGUUAUAAGAAAUCCCCUCCCUCAACACUCGAGGAAACAGUUGCAUAACUUAUAAACCAGAUCCUCUUUAUGUGGAAGCUCCACAACAGGGGACCUGUAUUGCAUUCUAUGCAGGGAUGCAGUGAAGAAAAGAGGGGGUGAUGUGUAAUUUUUCUCUAAUAUUCUCCCUUAAAUUUUUAAAGUUGAAAGAUAAUUUAUAUAGAAAGUUCACAUGGAAAUUUUUGAUCCUUCGUAUCAAACAUUAUGGCUCUGCUCUUGUCAUAAUAACUAACGAGGCUAAUUAUUUUUGGAUCUGUUGAAGCUUGAAUUCCAGUCUUCUGCAAGAACAGUCAAUAGUUUGUAGUGGGUGAGCCUUAAAACUACCAUUGUAUUAUUACUAGUUUGAUUCCAAUACAUAGCCCAUGAACAACAGUAGAAGAUUUUCUCAAUAUUUUAACAAAGCACGUUGCUAGAACACCCUUUCUUUUC